CGCCAGCCGCGAGAUGGCGGCGGCCGGGAGCGGCGGGAGCCGGGCGGACAACGGCUACGGCGGGCAGCAGGCGCGGCGCAGGAAGGGCCCGGGCGCGCUGGCCACGGGCUACCUCGUUAUCUACAACGUGGUGAUGACGGCGGGGUGGCUCGUUAUUGCAGUUGGUCUAGUUCGAGCAUAUCUGGCUAAAGGCAGCUACCACAGCCUUUACUAUUCAAUAGAAAAGCCCCUGAAAUUCUUCCAAACUGGAGCUUUGCUUGAGAUUCUGCACUGUGCACUUGGCAUUGUUCCCUCUUCUGUUGUUCUGACUGCUUUCCAAGUGAUGUCAAGGGUUUUCCUGACGUGGGCAGUAACACAUAGUGUAAAAGAGGUACAAACUGAAGACAGUGUCCUCUUGUUUGUAGUGGCCUGGACAAUCACCGAGAUAAUCCGUUACUCUUUUUACACGUUUAGCUUGUUAAACCAUCUCCCUUAUCUCAUCAAAUGGGCCAGGUACACUUUGUUUAUAGUACUGUAUCCAAUGGGAGUCUCAGGCGAAUUACUCACAAUAUAUGCUGCAUUACCCUUUGUCAGGCAGUCUGGCUUGUAUUCCAUUAGUUUACCUAACAAGUACAAUUUUUCAUUUGACUACUAUACAUUCCUGAUCCUGGUCAUGAUCUCUUACAUUCCAAUAUUCCCUCAGCUGUAUUUCCAUAUGCUGCAUCAGAGGCGAAAAGUACUCUCCCACACUGAAGAACAUAAGAAGUCAGAGUAAUUCCAACUCUUUUUCAGAACUUUUCAAACAUCAAAAUGCUGCAGUUUUUCGAUACCCAGCACAUUUGUAAAGAGUAACCAAGAUAAGUCAGAGGUAAAAGACCAAUAAUUUAGCAAGAAUAACCAAUAAAUCUGAUUUCAGUGAAAUUCCAGGAUGUCAAAUGUUGAAAUAAUUUUCAGCUUGCAGUGCUUCAGAAAACUUAAACUUUAUAUGGCUUGGCAGUUAACCUUCUCCUUAAAUGAUGUGCUAAAUGGUUUUCAUUUAUUACUAAAUGCCUGAAGGUUGCAGUAUGAGUGAUGAAGUUGUACCCACUAAAUGCCUGAAUUGGGAUUAUAUUACUGAUACCUCUUUUUUUAAAUGCUUGACUGCAUGCCAGAAACUGUAUGUAUUGCUGUGAAAGCAAACAAUGUGCUCUGGAAUACUUCAGGAUAAUGUCAGAGGCUUCAGUGGAGAAUGUAAUCUGGGCAGAGUGUUUGAAUUUAGAAAGGUAGGUUGUGUAUUUAAAAGGUGAUGGGAACAAGAACAAGAAACCAAUUACGGAAAAUGAGGGGAAUGUGGUUCUCUAGGAAUUUAAACAGCACGGCGUCUGACCAGAGUGUUCUCUGGAGAUCUUCUUUAAGCUGAUCACUCAAAUUCUAAUAUUAAUUCAGAGGCUAUAAUUCUUAUCUGAAACAUUAAAACUACUCCAAGUACUGCAUCACUGAAUACAUUUUUACAUAUUAAAAAAAAAAAAUUAAUACUUACUGUAGUACUUCUAGUGGUAUCAGUAAUGAAUCUAAACAAUAUAAGGAGGUGGGUCACCCAGAAACGGGUGCAGUUCUCCCUUUUUUACUAUAAAUUAUCAUCUCUAAUCAUUGUCUGUGAUACUCAUCUUUCAGUGCUGAGGGCUACUUGGUCUACUGUGUUUGGGGGCCUUGUUCCUUAGCCUGACAUUUCUCAAGUGACCCACGUUAUCACUCUGGCACAUCCAAACAGGUAGUUCAGGCACUCGGCUUCUGAAGUGUUGCAAAGUCAUAAUGUGCUCCUUGCAGGGCAGAUUAUCUCACGUGUUACAUGCUGCCUUUGCAGACUGGACAAGCCACCCUCAUCUGUUCUUUGGAAAGAUUGGAAGCCCGCAAAACAUUAGAUUCUUGUAGGUUUGGGAAGGUGGAAGGAAAAUGAAAGAGCUGAGGAAGCCUUGUGAUGAGGCAGAAAGCGCUAGUGCUGUGUGAGCUGUGCCCCAAGUCUAGAAGAAACUUCUGAUUGGGAGUAAAAGGAUGGGGAAUGAAAGGAACGAAAGGAGAAGGGAAAUGAGCAGAUAUAUCCAAGCAGACACAAGAGGAAAUGUAGUUUAUGGCUUUGUUCUGUUAGGACUUGAUGGCCGAAUACCCUGUCUGCAUCCAUUCAGAGUCACUAGACAAGACCACGUGGGCUCCUCUGGCUUCCCUGGUUACAUGGUUUAGUGCAUAAAUGAGGUGUGACCACUCCCAUUCCACCUGCGAUGCUGCCUCGUGCUGUGCCUGCCAGCACCUCUCCUGGUAUGGCCCAGCUGUGUUUGACACAUCCCAGCUCUCCCGAAACACAGCUGGGAAGUACUGAGGACACAGGCUCUCUGUUCUAGCAGUUGGGAAGAGCUGGAUUUACAGUUAUUUAGGUUUAUGCUUGUCAGAGCUAUAUUUAAAAAAAAAAAAAAAAUAAAAAAACAACUUGGCAUUUUUCAGUAAUUUUCUUUGACUCCAUCAAAGGGACCGAAUUUUCCAAACUCUGACUAUAUAGAGAUUUUCCUGUUCAACACAAACAGGACUAUUAUAAGCAGAGAGAGGACAAGACACAAUAAUAAUCUUUGCUUCUAUGUUAAACAUUUUGGAGCCAGUUAUUGGCUGGAUUAGAAAACAGAAGGUUGUAGCAAGUUGGGGGUUGGUCUUUUCUCCCAAGUUACAAGCAAUGGGACUGAGGAUAUUGUGUUGCUCUAAGGAAGGUCUAGAUGGGAUAUUAGGAAAAAUUUCUUCAUGGAAAGGAUUGUCAAGCAUUGGAACAAGCUGCCCAGGGAAGUGAUGAAGAGUCACCAUCCCUGAAGGUAUUUAAAAGAAGACGUGGUGCUUAGGUACGUGGUUUACUGGGAUUUUGCAGUGUUAGGGUAAUGGUUGGUCUUUUCCAAUUCAAACAGUUCUGUGAUUCUAUUACUGUGGCCAUAUACAACCUCAAAAUUAUUUUGGAUUCAAAGGUUCAACAAUUCAAUUCAUUUCUGUAUUAAGUUAUGUGCUUUGUUGUAGUGAUCUGAGAAGUGUUAUAUUAUUCUGAACUCACAGUUGGAAAGUGUAAACUUCCACCUCUGAACAAAACAUCUCCUUUUGCUUAUACUUGAUAUUAAAGAAUUUAAUGUCAACCUUUCUGAAGGAUGUCAUCUAAAAGAUCUGAUUUCCUGAUGUACUUAGGUUACUGGAUAUUGUCAAUGCUCAGCUCCUGAACUUUUCUUAAUUUGAUUUCUGUGCCCAAAUAAAAGAUUUGGUUUCAAAUUUGUUGGUCCAGUUUGGAGAUAAAAAAUGGCUGUGUAAUACUCCUGCAUGAAACAAACUCCUGGCUCUGUUGAUGGGAAGGAUACAGUACAGAUCUACAGCAGAUAGCACCAUGGAAAAGCAGAACAAGCUGCCAGUAGGGAGAAAGCUUCUACAACCAACACCUUUGCCGAAUAGGCUUUAUUAUGGAAUAUUUACUUUAUUGAAAAUACCAGUUUAUGACACAAAUGCAAAUAAACUACAGCCUUUUAUAAGAAAAUGGAGUUACUUUUCCUUUCAAAAGAAAAAUAAGUUGCUUUAACAGUAAGAAUUCUUACCAGCAAAGUUGACUUAUAAAUUAUAUUCUGAAGUCUGAACAUGCAGUUACUAUGUACAGGAGUUCAGUGCUUCAUCUUGCAAGUGCUUUUUCAAAUUUAUCUUCUGUGGAAAUCACUGGAAGGUAAUCUUUAGAGAAAACUAUGGUGUGAUGGCCUAAAACUGUUUGGGUUGUUCCCUAAUACUGACUUUGCUGACAUGUGGGGUUUCUCCUCCUCAUAAAAGAAGUUUCCCCUCAUCUGUCCCUGAAACUGAAGUGGUUUCCAUGACCUCUGUAACAGAAGCUUUGAUUGGUACUGUGUCACAAAUGCAGGGGGGUUUCUUCUCCCCACAGACUGUUGACUUGGCUUGCAUGUUCUCUGUCAGCAAAUCCAGACCAGCAGCUCUGCCCUGCUUUGGUACUCUCUUGUGUGCACUGGUUUGGUUGACAGCACUUUUAUGUUACACCGUGCCAGCUCUGAGUUAGUCACGACCCUCCAAAAGACCAAGGUUUUCACCAGUGUGUAGUUCCCACUGGAAUUGUAGAAAUGUUUGUAUUUGUAAAUUACGGUAAGAAUGCAGGUUACGGUGCAGGUAAAUUGUAAAUUUUCACAAUGCGAGAUUUUUAUCAGAGGGUUUUUUCCUAAUCAUUAUGAAGGUUGGCAUUUGUGUGGACCAGUCUGAAGUGUCAUUUUAAAACCUAUCUUUCAGCUUAAAAUUUUCAUGAGUAUACAUCAAAUCAUUUAUUUUGAUGUAUAUGUCAGUGAAACUUGGGUGAAAACCAUAUACAUUUUUGUAUUUUUUUCUAUGUUGUGAAGAAUAAAAUUGUAAUUUUAUAAGUCUUGAUUCACUAAUAUUAUUAUAAGUUAAAUGUAUUUUUUGUAUAUUUAGGAAUCUGGUAUUACCUGGAGCUCGGAAAGAUUAAGCAUAGAUUUUUUUAUGCAUGGUUGAAAGAUAUUUCAACUUGAUAAUGCAGUGAAAUGGUUUGUAUGCUAAAAUACUAGUCCAUGUUGUUGCCUUGUGAAAAUGAUUCUGUGCUCUCUGCCUGGAUUUGGCCUACUGACCAGUGAUACUAAUUGCUAUAAUCCAAAUAAAAUACUUCUGAACAAAA